GAUAUUUUGAAGAUAAAAAAAAGGAAGCAAAAAGCAAUCUCCCCCAUUGCCUGCCAUUUUGGUUUGUAGGAAGAAGAAGCAUAGCAAAGCAAAAUGUUCCCAUUUCAACACUCUCUUCCCUCCCACAACAUCAACUAACCUCAACAAACAAACAAACAAACAAUGUUACUCCUUUUCUUUCUUCUCCUCCUCCUACCUCACUUCACUUCUCCAACUCCAAACAUCAUCAUCAUAACACAAAACCAAACCCUCCUUAGUCAAAAUCAAACCUUCGAACUCGGUUUCUUCAACUUCCAACAACAAAAUCAACCUCGUUACUAUCUUUCCAUCCGUUUCACUUCCAUACCAUCCCCAAACAUCAUUUGGGUCGCAAACCGUAAUAAACCCAUCCUAACCCGAACCGGUUCAUCUCUUCAAUUAACCCAAACCGGUCAAUUAAUACUUACUCACACUCCAACUAACUCAAUCCUCUGGCAAACAAACCAAAACAACAACACAAAAGAAAAUCUCCAAACGAAGCUUCUAGAAAACGGUAACUUAGUUCUUCUUCAAAACAACGUCGUUUUAUGGCAAAGCUUUGACGAACCAACUGACACGUGGCUACCAGGUAUGAAUCUCACUAGGUUUCACACACUUCUCUCGUGGCGCACGUUAACCGAUCCAUCUAACGGUUAUUAUUCACUACGGUUGAAACCACCGGAUUACGGUGAAUUCGAGCUUCUUUACAACGGCACCGUUUCGUAUUGGUCCACCGGUAAAUGGACCGGCGACUCAUUUAGGGAAGUUCCCGAAAUGAUGGUUCCUUAUCUUUACCGGUUCGAUUUUGUCGACCCGUUUUCUCCAACGGCGUCGUUUGGGUUUUCCGAACGAGCUUUGGAGAAUGGUGUUAGGCCACCGACUAUGUUUAGGGUUGAACCGUUUGGUCAGGUUCGGCAGUACACGUGGUCGAAUCAAGCAGGUUCGUGGAAUAUGUUUUGGUCAAGACCUGAGGAGAUUUGUGAUGUGAGGGGUGUUUGUGGUGCGUUUGGUGUUUGUAGUGGUGAAAUGUCAAGGCUUUGUGAGUGUGUUAAGGGUUUUGUUGCGGUCGACGGUGUUGGGUGGGCUUCCGGUGAUUAUUCGAUGGGGUGUUUGAGAGGUGAUGAGGGAGUUUGUUAUGAUAAAAGUGAUGGUUUUGAGGAUUUGGGUUUUGUUAAGUUUGGUUUUGCUAAUGUUAGUUCAUUUAGGGUUAAAUCUAGAGGAUUUUGUGAACGUAGUUGUUUGGGUUCUUGUGAUUGUGUUGGUUUGUCUUUUGAUGAAAGGAGUGGGUUUUGUAGGAUUUUUUUGGGGUCACUUUAUGAUUUUCAAAAUAUAACUUCUUUGGUGAAUGGUAAUGGGAAUGUGUUGUAUGUUAGGGUUCCUGGUAACGGAUAUAAGGGGAAGAGGUUGAAUAGUAAGGUUUUGAGUGGUGUUAUUAUUGGGUGUGUUUUGUUUUUGGUUUUGGUUUUGGGUGUGGUGGUGAUGACUUUUGCGGUGUUGGUGAAGAGGAAGAGGUUGAAGAAGGAGAAGGGGUUGGAGGAAGAUGGGUUUGUUCCUGUUUUGAAUUUGAAGGUGUUUUCGUACAAGGAGCUUCAUUUGGCGACUCGGGGGUUUUCUGAGAAAGUUGGGCAUGGUGGGUUUGGGACGGUUUUUCAAGGGGAGUUGAGUGAUUCUACAGUUGUUGCCGUGAAGCGAUUGGAGAGGCCAGGGGGUGGGGAGAAAGAGUUUAGGGCUGAGGUUUCCACAAUUGGGAACAUUCAGCAUGUUAAUCUUGUGAGGUUAAGAGGUUUCUGCUCUGAGAAUACUCAUAGACUUUUGGUUUAUGAGUACAUGCCGAAUGGUGCGUUGAGCGCUUAUUUGCGAAAGGAGGGGCCGUGUUUGAGUUGGGAUGUUAGAUUUAGGGUAGCGAUUGGAACUGCAAAAGGCAUAGCUUAUUUACAUGAGGAAUGUAGAAGUUGCAUUAUACAUUGUGAUAUUAAACCUGAAAACAUUCUUUUGGAUGGUGAUUUCACUGCCAAGGUCUCUGAUUUUGGAUUGGCUAAGCUCAUUGGUAGAGACUUCAGUAGGGUUUUGGCAACCAUGAGAGGUACUUGGGGAUACGUAGCACCGGAGUGGAUUUCUGGUGUUGCGAUUACAACUAAAGCCGAUGUUUAUAGCUAUGGAAUGACAUUACUAGAACUCGUAGGCGGUCGCCGGAACGUCGAGGCGCCGCCUUCUGCUGGUGGUAGAGAAAGUAAUGGUUGUGAAACAGGAGAGAAAUGGUUCUUUCCUCCGUGGGCGGCACAGCAGAUAAUCGAGGAUAAUUUGGCAGCUGUUAUUGAUAAGAAGCUAGGAAACGUAUAUAACAUUGAGGAGGCUAAGAGGGUUGCUUUGGUUGCAGUUUGGUGCAUUCAAGAUGAUGAGGCAAUGAGACCUACUAUGGGUAUGGUUGUGAAAAUGUUAGAGGGUUUAGUCGAGGUCGCUCUUCCACCGCCGCCUAAGUUGCUACAAGCAUUGGUUACUGGAGAGUCCUUUUGUGGAGUCAAGGCUUAUUCGAGUAAUGCGGUAUCUACCGGUGGCAGUUCUUCCGGUGACAACAUGGAAGUGUCGGCUGCUGAUUCAGAAUCAUGUAUAGGAGAUGUUUUUUCACCAUUGGAUGGCAUUGUCAAUGUUCGAUAGCAAAGUGGUGAUUGUAGUCCAGAUUAUAUAGCAUAGUAAGUUAGUAUUAUACCUCUUCUCCCUCUUCCCUCCUUUUUUUUCAAUCUAAGGAGAGAGAUAGGAAGAAAAAAGAACAUUGGAUGAUGUUGAUGUAAAUUUGUUGUUGCCUUUGUUGGACAACUUUUGGUUAUUUGGAAUUAGGAUGUUGGAUAUUGAAAAGAGUGGAUUCACAGCUUUUAGUUUCCAAUAUUCUUUCAAGUGAAAUCAUCAUUAACUUUUAUAUA